AUGUUGUAUCAUUGCGCCUACCUAAAUAUCUAUAACGUAAUCCACGGCCGAGCUGGCCACACGGCCAAUCAGGAGGGCAAGAUCCUAUUAGCCCUUGAUGAUAUAAAAAAUGGCCGUAUCAAAUCUAUUCGCGCAGCAGCGAAGCUCUAUGCUAUACCGCGUUCUACCUUACAGACGCGUGCCCAUGGCACAGUCUCACGCGCUGAUACACGCCCAAAUGGCUAUAAGUUAACUCCAUAUGAAGAGGAUUCGCUUACUGAGUGGAUUAUCUCUAUGGAUUCGCGUGGAGCAGCGCCAAGGCCUUCUACUGUACGAAAGAUGGCUAAUAUUCUUCUUAAAGCGCGUGGAACAACCCCCCCAUUAACUCUUGGUGUUAAUUGGGUAUCAACCUUUGUGAAACGGCGCGAUGAGCUUCGAUCACGCUUUUCAAAGCGAUAUGACUACCAGCGUGCUCUUAACGAGGAUCCAAAGUCUAUAAAAGAGUGGUUUUUGACAGUGCAACGUGUGAUUGAUGAGAACGGUAUCCAACCGGAGGAUAUCUACAACUUUGAUGAGACUGGAUUCGCGAUGGGCCUUAUAUCAUCGCAAAAGGUGGUUACACGAGCAGAAUACUACGGUCGGCGAUCAAUUCUACAGCCAGGAAAUCGUGAAUGGGUUACUGCAAUCGAAACGAUAUGCGCUGAUGGCUAUUCGCUGCCGCCCUGCAUUAUAUUCAAAGGCCAGGUUUAUAUCACUGGUUGGUUUGAAUCAUCAAAUCUUCCUAGGGAUUGGCGAAUCGAAGUAUCGGAUAAUGGCUGGACUACUGAUGAAAUCGGCCUUCGCUGGCUCCAAAAGAUUUUCAUUCCGUAUACUAAUUCACGUAUACGAGGGCGAUUUCGGCUAUUGAUCCUUGACGGACACGGUAGCCAUCUUACACCUCAAUUCGAUCGAAUCUGUACUGAAAAUGAUAUUAUACCAGUCUGCAUGCCUUCACAUUCAUCACACUUACUUCAACCACUUGAUGUUGGGUGCUUUGCAGUACUAAAGCGUGUCUACGGUAGCUUUGUGAGCGAUUUAGCCCGUACUGGCUAUAAUCAUAUCGAUAAGCUUGAUUUUCUUGCAGACUAUCCACGCGCAAGGGUAGAAGCUUUUCAGCCGAAUAUUAUUCAAAGCAGCUUCGCAGCUACUGGUAUUAUACCAGUUAAUGCUGAUAGAGUGCUUUCGAAGCUUAAUAUUUCUCUCCGAACGCCUUCACCACCAUCAAGCCGACCAAGCAGCAGAUCUAGCCAAUUCACACCAAAAACGCCUAGAACAGCGAUUCAGCUAGAAAAGCAAGCUUCUAUGCUUAAAGAGCUUCUAAGACAGCGAUCGCAUAGCCCGCCUACACCAUCAAAACUCAUACUUGAUCAGAUUAUCAAGGGCGCCUAUCUAUCGUUACAUGGCGCUGCAUUACUAGCGCAGGAUAAUACGAACCUUCGCGCAGCGAAUGAAAAGAAACGUCAAAAGCGCACUCGUUCGACUAGGCAGAUCGCUCGCGAAGAGGGCCUAUCGAUCGAAGAGGGCCUACAGCUAGUUCAAAAGCUAAAUGAGCCUAAAGAAGCUGAUGAGGUAGUAUCGCAUGAACAGAGUAGUGAUUGUCAAAUUGCCAAGCACUUCGAGCCAGACGCCAUUGCCCAAGCUCACUCACGGAACAAAUCAUCCACCUCCUUCAUGGCUCAACUUCCAUUAUGGGGCGCCGGGCCCAAUCAAGUCAGGGCUUAUUUGGCCGAUCUCCUUAUUUACAAACACGAUGCCUCCUCCGAAUCCGCGAAAUCUAUCUCCGAUCUAUGGCAGCUAGGCCAAGGACGCGACCUGCGUCAGGCAAAUAUGACAAAUUUCAUUGAUAUAUUUGGGGAGCCAGCGGGUCGGUAUCUGUAUCGAACCGUCACCGAAGAUUUCCAAGUCGAGUGGCGGGCCUCUCUACCUUAG